CGUCCAAGAAAAUAUCCAAGGCAGAUUCUUUCUUUAGGGUUUCGAAAUUUCGCCUAGGUCCAUCAAAUCGCGCGUCCUGCGGUACCAUGAGGCCUAUCUUCUGUGGAAACUUUGAGUAUGAUGCUCGUCAGUCUGAUCUGGAACGACUAUUCAGACGAUAUGGAAGAGUUGAAAGAGUUGAUAUGAAGUCUGGAUUUGCUUUUGUUUACAUGGAAGACGAGAGGGAUGCUGAAGAUGCCAUCCGAGCACUUGAUCGGACAGAAUUUGGUCGAAAGGGUCGUAGACUUCGUGUUGAAUGGACAAAGCAUGAACGUGGUGUUAGAAGGCCUAGUGGUGGUUCUUCGAGAAGGUCUUCAGUCAACAACAGACCUUCAAAGACUUUGUUUGUUAUCAAUUUUGAUCCAUAUCAUACUCGUCCUAGGGACUUAGAGAGGCAUUUUGAGCCAUAUGGUAAAAUAGUGAGUGUGAGGAUAAGGAGAAAUUUUGCAUUUGUUCAAUAUGAUUCACAAGAGGAUGCCACCAAGGCAUUGGAUGCUACGAACAUGAGGUGGAUCUAUCCCUAUUUCUCCCAUGUCUUCAAACUCUGCCUGGAGUUUUUAUUUGUUCUGCAAGUCCCCCUGAAAACUAAUUCGAGAUCUGAUCUUGGGUUCUCUUUGAUGUGCAGCAAGCUGGUGGAUAGAGUUAUUUCAGUGGAAUAUGCUGCUCGAGAUGAUGAUGAACGGAGAAAUGGAUAUAGCCCUGACAGAAGCCGUGAUAGAUCACCAGAGAGAGGCCGUGAUAGGAGACGAUCUCCAAGUCCUUAUCGAAGAGAGAGGGGUAGUCCUGAUUAUGGCCAUGGUCCUACUCGUAGUCCUUACCGAAGAGAGAGAGGUAGCCCUAAUUAUGGUCAUGAUCACAGUGUUAGCCCCUACAGGAGAGAUAGAGGUAGCCCCAACUAUGACCGGGGUACUAGCCAUAGUCCUUACCAGAAAGAAAGGUCUGCUGCUGACCGUGCUCAUGGUUCGAGCAGAAGCCCUGCACAAAGAGAGAGGGCUAGCCCUGAUAAUGGCCAUGGUCCUGGCCAUAGUCCUUAUAGGAGAGAGAAGCGUAGCACUGAGAAUGAACGUAGCCCUAGUCGUAGUCCAUACGGAAAAGAAAGGGCUAUCCAUGAAAAUGGUCGGGGGCCUAGUGAUAGUCCCUAUGAAAGAGAAAGAAACAGUCCUGAAAAUGGUAAUGACCCAAGUCCAAGUUCUGUGCCUGAACAAAGGGAGGAUAGCCCUUAUGGUGGUGGAGCUGAAAGUCCUGUAAAUGGGGGAUAUAACAGUCAGACACCCCCAGCGGAUGAGUGAUUGUGAUGAUAGAAGGCUCUGGAAGAAUAGCGGUUACAUCACAUGUUCAUCUUGUUUGGUGGCGAAAUCAGAGUCCUGGUGUUUGCCUUCAAGUGGAAACUGUUUCCACAAUUGUAUGAGAGCUAUCUUCUGAUCUUAAGCUGUAGUGCCUAAUCAGUGUUAGGUAAUAGUUUAGUAAUACUAUUUUACCCUCCUGCAUUUAGUUUUCCUGUUUAUCUUAAAUGAUAAAACAUUGUUUUGUGGAUUAUGCAUUUAGUUUGCCAUCCUAUUCUAUGCAGCUUAACUCUUUUCC